AUGUACGAGAGAGCUCUUCUGGUGCUAUGCUUAUUGACCGUGUCCUGGGGUCAACGCCUGACUGACACUAGUAGCGUGGGUUCCCGGAACACUGGUGGUUAUGGUUUACUCCGACCAGGUUACAAUGGGUACGGAGGCUAUGGAGGUUACUCGGGAUCUGGCUACACUGGAUAUGCUGGAUACUCGGGCACUGGAUACCAAGGCGGUUACACAGGAUUAGGAGGUGGUAUAGGUAGCUACAAUCCAGGGUAUAAUGGUUACAACACAGGAUAUAAUGGUUAUAAUUCUGGUUACAACGGAUAUAGCAACGGUUAUAAUACCGGUUACAACAGUGCUUACAACCCCGGAUACAAUACUGGCUUCAGCGGAGGUUACCGCCCUAACUACAGACCCGGCUAUGAAUACAACAGACCAGGUUACCAAAGCAACCUAGGCUACUCAGACUACAAUCGGCCCGGUUAUCAGUACGGUUACAAAGGAUAUGAGCGUCCCUACUCGGGGUACAGUGGCAACUACUUCGGUGGUUACGCCGAUGGUUAUGACAAUGUUAGACUUGGUAGGAAGGCUGAAGAUAAAAAAGAUAACUAA